GUGAGUCAAGAUGUGUCACCGUUUGAAAAAAAAAAUACACGAGCCUAGACAAGACCCGGGUGUAUAUAAAGACCAAUUUGUAAGUGAUGUAAAACACACACUUGCACAUAUACAAAUACUGGACAGUUCAAAGCUGCUCUGAAUGACAUUUUUUAACAAAAUUAAUUUUGUGUUCUCCCAUUAUUUUUUUAAAAAGCUUUUUUGUUUUUGUUUUUUAGCAAACAGGACAGGAGACAAUUUGGGAGAUCAUACUUUUUUAAAAAAGGUGUUCCUUUUUAUUGUUAUUUAUUUAUUUAUUUAACCUUCCUAUUUAUUUAUAUUUAUUUAUUUACCUAUUUGAUUAUUUAUUUAUUUAUCCACCCAGAGAAGCUAUUGUCAUCUUGCACAUUUUGGGAGGUUGUGUGUGCUUGUUAACUCAUCUACCUCAAAGGACAGAAUUUUUUUAUUAUUAUUAUUUUGCAAAAGUAUAGAACAGGUGUGGUGUGGAGAAGGCAUUUGCAGCCCAAAGAAAACUUUUUAAACUCUUCUCACAAUAUACAAAUUCCCAAUUAAAACCCUUAGAAGAAUAACACCAACCUAAAACCAAGAAGGACUUUUUUUUCCUUUUUUUCCAAGAAGGGGGAAUUUAAACUCAGGGAAAAGAAACCCUCAAAUCUUCUCCAAAAACAUGAAAAACUGUUUGUGCCAAGUCUUAGUGGUGCUGCUAAGUCUGUGUGAAGGACCCUGGGCUGCACCACGACCAAAGCCUUUCGACCCCCGUAUUGAAUUUGAUUCUAUUGUCAACCUGGCAAGAAACCUGCUGAGUGAUACCAAGAGCCUCUUUAACCACUUUAAAACCCGUUACCCAGCAGAGGGUGAGCACAAGUUGGAAACACUACCUGUUUUGUCCAUGAAUGCAGUGGAACUUGCCAAUAUUCAGGUCUCUGGGGGUCUCGCCCGGCUCAGCUCAGACUUGCAGUGCUACCAACGUCACUUUGAGUGGCUACGGAAAGCAGCAACAUUGUUGCGGCCCAUGGAGCAUGACAUCGGCACUGUGCACAACCGGCUUGACCGCCUGCUGAAAAGACUGGAGCACCUGAUGGCAAAACUCAGCCUCGCCCGGCCCAAUGACCCUCUGCCAACCCUCCCAGCUCAUGGCACCCACUGGUCUGUGGUUCAGGCAGGCCAUGCCAUCGUCCACUCAUUUCACCUUUAUCUAGACUGGGCAGCACGUGUGCUGGUUCUGAUCCGGAACAAGCUGUGAGCCACAGGAAAACACCACCACCAUGGAUAUUUUGGAAAGCCUCCUUUUGGACCUGGAACUCUUGGAUGCUGCUUUAGCAAAAGCCACAAAGGAGGGUGCAAGGAAGUCUAUAAGAUGGAACACCACUGGAUUCUUUCUGUAAGGGGUGCUGCUGGGUGGGAGGACCUAAGACUUUUGGCCAGCUCACACUUUCUCAUAAGGGGAGACCAUGGUGGAAAAAGAAGGAACUUCUUUGAUCUUGAAACGACCAUUGCAUCUCUUCAUUCCCAAUAUGUGCUUUAGGAGAGAAUUGAGGACUUGCUAUUUGUCUUUCUUCCAAAGUUUUCCCCCCUCUCUGCCAUUGAAGCACUAACAUCUGAAUGAUACGUAUUGGUCUGUGAUAUGUAUAGAUGAAUCCUUUUUGGGAUAUAGUUUGUAGGAUUACUGCUUUGAAAAGAUGAGAGACAUCUUGUCCACCUUUUCUGAUCUUUCCCUGCCACGAGUAUAAACUACAAAUCCACUCAGUUUGUUAUGAUGAAGAGACGUGACUACAGUAGACUGAAAUGUUUCUCCCAUCUAGAUGAAUUGUGCUCAGAAACAUUUCCCAGAAUCCUUCAGUAGAACUAGGAAUCUUGUGGCCUUUGGACUAAAAGGGAAGAACUCCUUGAAGUGAGAAUAUUUAAAUCUCAAAAAGAUGUGACCAUGCAUUCACUAACCUGCUCCCUACAUUCAUAAAUAGCCUCUGCCAAAUUCUCCUGACCAGCCUUCAGGAAAAAAAGUGCAAGCGAAAGCAGCAGCUAUAACUCAACACAGAAUUCACUGGCUUUAGAAUGUGCUCAAUGGCAUGCCCCAUGCUGUGUUGGAGCCUAUGUGUGCACAUACCUUUGUUCAACUGAAAUGUCACAGUCUCCCAGCCUCAGAGGAAGACAAAGACAGACUCGCUCUGAACAAAUCUUGCCAAGAAAUCCCUGUGAUAGGUUUGUCUUAGGAUCACCAUAAGUUGGAAUGACUUGAAGGCACACAAUGCACACAAAACCAUGUUGCCAUCUUGAAAAAAGUAUACUCCGCCCUUCUUAUAAACAAAACUUGUGGGUUUGCAUCUGAGAGUCUAAGAUGUUUCAAUAAGUCCAGUAUCUUUUGUCUCUAUUUAGGAGAGAACUUCCAUCUUCUUCUCUUUCAAUUUGCUAAGUAAUAAGUUAUGUUUCCAAGUUGUUUCACUUCCACAGUACGGCUGAGAUGUUGGACAACUUUAUCAUCCCCAAAAGAGAGAACAAAGUUUCAUGCUAAACCUAUUUAAUUCAGAGCAUGAAAAUGAAAAUUUCUGGAUGCAUCACUUCUAAGAUGGUGCUAAAUUGAGACUUCCAUGCAUAACCUGAUGCCUUCCAAAUGUGUCAGGCUACAAUCCCACUAUUGCUCAGGCAGGUGCUUGGGAUUAUAGUCUAACCUCUGGAAGGCAUCAGAUGGAAAAUCCUUGUCUGGAAGCAAUGCGCCUCCUUCAAUAUUGUAUUUUUCACAUGUGUAUUUCAUGCCCAUUGAUCAGCCAGCUAAUUAAACUUGAGAGUUUUAAAAUGCCGGAAAAAAACCUUUUAAAGGGACCUUUUAGAAGGGCGGGGGCACCUUUUGUUACAGUGAUAGUAGAAAUAGAAUUUAGUCUAGGUUAGACUACAAAAUUAUUUUCAUGCUCCACAACAAAAAAAUUUCAAAAUAUAAUGCAAGGCAUGCUUUCCUUUACCAGCAGUGCCCCCUGGUGGAUCAUCUUUAUUUUUUAGUAAAUAAGACAAGACUAGAUUAUUUUUGAAAUAAAGAUGCAAAAAAGGACCAGCCCGGUUCAAAAUGAUUUUGGAAUGACAAGUAAUUUUCACUUGUAAUGUUAGCAUGUGUAGCCCAUAAUGCUGACUUUAGGCCGGAUAACUCUUUACAAUGAAAAAAUUCAAAACAUGACGUAAAUUACCUUCUGCUUUAGAUAUCUAUGUGUGGAUUGAGAAAUCUACAUUGUUGUUUAUUUUUUGCAAAGAGAAGUUCAACCCAGAGAGAAUUCCAUUUAAUGCAAGGGACAGGCAACCUGUCCUCUCCUAGGUCAACUCUAAUUCCCAUCUGAUCAGCCAGCAUAGCCAGUGAUCAAGUAUGAUGGGAAUUGUAGAGCAGCAUUAUCUGAAAACACACCCCUUCCCUGCCUGUUUCAAUGUCUGUUGUUAGCAGCCAGCCAGCCACCCAUUUCAGACAGUUAUCAUCAACAUUACUUGCUUCUGAAUAUUUAAAAAAAGCCAUUAGGUUUCUUACUUGUAAGUUAUUUUUUUAAUUUAUCUAUUUCAAGUCUGGGUCAUUUUCUUAAUUAUUGUUGUCCUCAUUGUGGUUAUUAUUAUUAUUAAUAUUAAUAUUUUAUGUUAUUUUAUUUUGAAUGUCUUCCAAGUAUUUAUUGACCAGAUCUUCCUUUCUUUCUCGUCCUGCUUUCAUUGUCUUUUCUUUUGUACUAAGAAAAGAUUUUUUAAAGAGUUGAGGGAACUACAUUUGAAAUAAAAAGUUAA